AAUCAUUACAGCGUAUUUGUCAAAACCUUAAUCCUCAGUUGUUUAUCUUUAGUUAUAAACUAGAUGUUCUUUUCAUGUAACUCAUAAGUAUUUCACUUCUAAUGAUCUCUGUGAUUUGCUGUACCGCUACUUGUAAAGCGCCCUGAGUGGAGUUUCCAGGAAAGCACUAAAUAAGUGUGUUUUUAACUUCUAAUAAAAACACAGAAAAUGGCAGAUGAGCUGAAGAGGUAUCUGUAUAAGCAGUUGCCAAGCGUUGAAGGCCUUCAUGCAAUUGUAGUGACUGACAGAGAUGGAGUACCAGUAAUAAAAGUUGCAAAUGACAAUGCUCCUGAAUAUGCUCUCAGACCGGGGUUUCUGUCCACAUUUGCAUUGGCAACUGACCAAGGCAGCAAGUUGGGACUUUCCAAAAACAAGAGCAUCAUCUGCUACUAUAACACAUACCAGAUUGUCCAGUUUAAUCGAUUGCCACUGGUAAUCAGCUUUAUCGCAAGCAGCAGUGCCAACACGGGUUUGAUUAUCAAUCUGGAGAAAGAUCUUGUUCCCUUAUUUGAAGAGCUGCGGCAAGUUGUAGAGGUUUCUUAGGGGUGGAUGUAUUAAGUGUUAAGAAUGCUUUCUGAACUCAUCAAAGGAAGUUGGAAGACAGCUGCAAUCACUUACCUACUUUUGUUCAGCAUCAAAUCAUUGUCAAAUACUGGCAUUACCAGUGAAUUUAGUUACAUUACGAAGUAUUGUAGGGAAAAUAAAACUGUUACCAGUUUUCUCAGUUUUAUACAAUACUUUCUCAUUGAUUCCUAAGCUAGCCACUGUAUAUACCCAUUCCAUAAAUGUAUUUAUUAUAAAAGUUUAGUGUUGGAUUUUGAAAAGCUUGUCAUUACUAUUAUUUCUGGUUACAUAUUGGAUAAAUUGAUUCACUACAUAAAAGUAACCACGUGCAAUGCUAGUACUGCUGGACAUCCAAUAAGAGGACAUAUCAUACUGUUUUCAGUUUAAUGAGACUUUACCCAUUCACAUUAUAAACGUCAUAUUAAUCAAAAUAAAAAUAUGAAAAGAAACAAU